AUGUUCAGCUCCUCGAAACCUUACACGGCCGUCACAGUUCAGAUCGAGCGGCUCACCGGUGAGCAAUACGAGGUGGAUGAUUCGAGUGGAAUCGUGGACCUGAUCGAGGUCAUCCGGAUACAAGCUACAGGGCCAAGAGAGGCGGGUCGCGCACUUCGAAAGAAGCUGCAGUUACGGGCUUUGACCAUUCUAGACUACCUAAUUCAAAAUGCUGGAGACAGGUUUUUACGAGAAUUCGCAGACGAGCCUCUUCUGGAACGCUUACGAAUUGCGGCCACCGACCCGGUCUCGGAUCCCGAAGUGAGAGCGAAAUGCAAGCAGCUUUUUGGACAGUGGGCGGCCACGUACAGAGACAAGCCUGGAAUGGAGGGAAUCACGGCGCUCUAUAGACAGCUUCCAAAACGGAAGCAACCCGCGCGACAAGCACAAGCCAAGGUUCUCCGGGAGACGGCGCCCCAAGAGGAAGUGCCGAUGGGGCAUUCUGUGUCAAUAUCUGUCGGGGAGGGACCGUCGACGCUUCUGAGUUCGCCAACAACAACAAAGCCCAAGCAGUCCAAGCGCAAUUCGACAUCGAGCAUUCUCAGCUCAUCAUCAAAGAAGAAAGACAAGCGAUCUGGUCCAAAGCCAUUCAAUUUUGAGAAGGAGAAGCCGGAAAUCCUGCAGACGAUUGCAUCCGCCUCGGUAGCGAGCACCAACCUGUUGAACGCACUCAAACUGGUCAACAGGGAAACCCGCCGGGUAAGCGACGACCCAGAGGUGAUGACGCAGUUCGAGCGAUGUAAACAGCUGCGGCGCCAAGUCCUGCGAUACAUCCAGCACAUCGAAACGGGCGAUUUACUCGGCAGUCUGAUCCAUGCCAACGAAGAGCUGGUCUCGGCACUGAUGGCGUUUGAGGUUCUCGACAAGAGCGUCGACUACGACAGCGACAGCGAGGAGGAAUACCAAGGGCGCUCGCCCACGCGCGGUCUCAACGAGGGCUUCGCUGGCCUUGUCAUCAAUCCGCCCAAGCCCCCACGGCCGCCACGGCCGGCCAGCAUGCCAUAUUUCCCGAAACAAUCCUAUCAAACAUCCCCGUUCGUUGGAAAUGAGCUGGAGAGCGCGAGCGAAACGGACGAAGAAAAGGAAAAGGAAAAGGAUGACGAUGACGACGACGACAACCCGUUUGGAGACAAGAAUGCAGUCCACACGCCUGCUGUGGAAAUGGCGCAGCCAACGUGGCAAGAAGCGUAG